AUGGGCAGCACGAUCAAUGAGACCGUCUGCGAGAACCAGAAAUACCGCACGAUCAUCUCGAAGUGGCCGUCGAUCGUGAGCAUCACCGAGCGCGGCACCUACGACGGCGGAGCCAACCCGGUGAACCUUUUCCUGAGUUACUACCCGGACGGCUAUAACCUCUCCAGCCUGCCAUAUGGGGACCAGAUUAUAUACGGCCACACGAAGUUGCACUGGUCUAUCGUGUCUUCCCGGCCAACUUGGUCGGGUUCGGUGCUGUCUGAUGGGGCGGUCGAGAUCAACGAUUACCUGACAGCUACGAAGCCGAGCUCUUCAUUAUUUGCGUUGAACGCGACGCUACAGGGUUCUUUGUCGGGGUCCUUCGACAACAUCACCAUGCCCGCGUGCAACACCACCACCGAAACCGACUAUUGGCAUGUGCAACUGAGUACAAGUGACUGGUGGGGUUGGAGAGGCUUCGAAGAUGUCACCUAUCCGGAACUAUUGGUCGAGUUCGACGAUCAGACAGCUAACCUGACGUUGGAAGGUUACUAUCGUGCGGCUCCCUACCUGCAAGAAGAAUUCGAAAUAGCCCAGCGCCCGACGACGGGCAGAAACGAUCUUUUUGGGUGGGUUCAGGUACGCUUUAACGGGGUGCUGGAUGCGUAUCACUCGGAUGUGUUGGACGUGAAAGCCUCGAGUCCAGAAUGGCUUCGCACGGUUGGGUUCGGAAAUAACUCCGCGAAUGUUGGAUAUGAGAACGGCAGUCCGUCGGUUAUUCCAUGGCUGAAGGGAGUGGGAGUUGUAUCUUUGCUCACUGCCAUGAUAGUUUAG